AACGCGCUGGCUUCAAAGCAGAGCGGCGUGAGUACCAGGAAGACAAGGUGUUGUGGAUCGCUCCCGGCACAUCGUUAGGCUUAGCGAGUGAACAAGAGGAACGACGCUAGGCAGAGGCCAUCGAGAGACAUGGGCACCCUUCAGGAGAGCAUGGACAACAGUCUGAGCGCCGUGAGGAGAGUGGACGGCCAGCAGGAGAUGCCCGGAGAAGAGGAGAGCUUCCUCUUUACAUCGGAGUCCGUGGGCGAAGGGCAUCCAGACAAGAUGUGCGACCUCAUCAGUGACGCCGUCUUGGAUGCCUACCUGGCCAAGGACCCGGAGGCCAAAGUAGCGUGCGGUACGUACACCUUUGACGCGAACGAAAAGUUCCGGAAAAGACGAGUCGCGACCUGUCUCUUAAAACAGGCUAACCCCACAUUUUUCAUGGUGGCGUUUUUAGAGUCCGUGGCCAAGACGGGCAUGAUUCUACUGGCCGGGGAGAUCACAUCUGUCCACACCAUCGACUACCAGAGGGUAGUUCGCGAUACCAUCAAGGAAAUCGGCUACGACGACUCCUCCAAAGGUUUCGACUACAAAACAUGCAACGUGGUCAUCACGAUUGAACAGCAGGCGCAAGAGAUAGCGAGGGGUGUUCACCAUAACCGACUGGAAGACGACCUUGGCGCAGGAGAUCAGGGCAUCAUGUUCGGCUACGCGACAGACGAGACCCCGGAGUGCAUGCCGCUCACAGUGGUCAUCGCGCACAGACUCAACCAGAGACUCGCCGAGCUCAGGAGGAACGGCACAUUCUGGUGGGCCAGGCCGGACUCCAAGUCGCAGGUGACGUGCGAGUACGCAUUCCGCAACGGCGCCACUGUGCCCAAACGGGUACACACGAUCGUGGUGUCCACCCAGCACUCGAACGACAUCUCACUCGUGGACGUCCGCAGUCAGAUCAUGGACAAAGUCAUCCGAGACGUGGUGCCGGCCAGGUACCUCGACGAGAACACCAUCUUUCACAUCAACCCGUGCGGGCCUUUCACCGAGGGAGGGCCCAUGGGUGACGCGGGCUUGACCGGGCGCAAGAUCAUCGUGGACACGUACGGAGGGUGGGGUGCCCACGGAGGGGGAGCCUUCUCGGGCAAGGACCCGACCAAGGUGGACCGGUCCGCAGCAUACGCCGCCCGCUGGGUCGCCAAAUCCCUCGUCGUGGCGGAACUCUGCAAGCGCUGCCUCGUCCAGUUGUCGUACGCCAUCGGCAUCGCGGAGCCGGUGUCCAUCUCCAUCUUCACGUACGGUACGGCCACCAAAUCGCCCAGCGAACUGCACAAGAUCGUCAAGGAGAACUUUGACCUUCGACCUGGCAGGAUCAUACAAGACCUGAAGCUGAAGACUCCCAUUUACAGAAAGACCAGCGCCUACGGGCACUUCGGACGGUCUGAAUUCACCUGGGAACAGCCCAAGAAGAUCAUCCUUUGAAAGGAGAGACCAUUUUGAUGCCCUUCUUGCGGGCAUUGAAAAUCUGUCCGAAUAACGGAAGUACGGUGAUGAACGUUCUGGUUCUACAGAACUGAGCGCACCUCUUCGGGUCUAUGUUGUUUUCGGGUUCAGCACGAGAUUUUGGUCUACCAGGUCAGAAUUGAUCCGUGCACUUCUUUGAGAGAACACUGCCGCAAACUAAAGAUGCAAUAAACGUGCCCAAGAAAAAGAAA